CGUGUCUGUCUCACUGUCUGUCUGCGUAUUUACCUAUACUCCUGUGAAAAUGUUCACACCUCACUACACCUAGCAUUUUAUCCGUUUCAGCGCUUCCCUUGCUCUUUCUUCUUCUCUCUGUUUUGUUUCCAGUUAACAGAUCCUUGCUUUCCUCCUUUUCUGUUUUGCGGUAGAGGAAUCAUGUAGAACUCCUCCGAUAUGGCAGAUCCAUUGCAGUCAGUGCUGCCAAACUUACCGUUUGGCUGGAGAUUUCACCCAACCGAUUUUGAACUGCUUGACCAUUUUCUGAAGAACAAGAUGCUUGGUCUUCUUAUCGAUUGCAACGACAUUGGAGAAUUUCAGCUAUGCAAUUUUAAUCCUUCAGAUCUUUUACCUGGGUGUUCCGAUGAAGCGUGCUAUUUCUUUUGUCGUCCCGAGUUUUACAUAGAAAAUGGGCAGUGGAAAAGGAAAAGGAAAAGGAAAGCGAGGGUUGGGUUCUGGAAGGGCACAGGCAAGACUAAAUCAGUCACAUCUCUACAUAGCGAUGAGGAGAUUGGAAAAAGGAGCAUUUUCGUUUACCAUGACCCUAAACCGACUAAAUAUGUCAUACACGAAUAUGAAUUCACUGCAAAACUCAACUUGCCUUUAAAGGCAGAGUUUGUUCUUUGUAAACUACAUAUAAACAAGAAACAAAAGGCCAAUAAGAAGUCAAAGAAGAUGGAAUCAAAUUCCAAAAAGACAAAAACAGGUACAAAGUUAAAAGAUACAAAACUAGGUUGCAAGAAGAGUAAAUCAAAAAAGAAGGCAAGAAUUGAUUUCUCAAAUUGCAAUGUGGCUUCUGUUUUUCAAAAUCAAAAUUUAGAGAUAAUGGCUAAUUCAGCUUGUGGCGAAGAUGCACCGCGCAGGCUUGUGACUUCUGAUUAUGAAAAUCGAAGUCCAAAUAAGAUGUCAGCUAUUUCAACAUAUGAGAUAGGUGAAUCAAGUUUUCAAAAGGAUUCAAAUUUUGAAUAUCAAAACCCACAUGAUAUUUUUACUACCUCAAUCUACAAAAAUGGUGAAGAAUUUUUCACAAAAACACAAAAUUUGUCAAUCUACGACAAAGGUGAAGAAAAUUUCUUAAUCAUUCAAAAGCCAAAUGUUAUACAAAAUGUUUCAUUAUUUAAUGAUUUUGAAACAAGAGAAAAUUUAUCAAUCACUCCAAAGCCCCAUGCUAUACAAAACGUUUCAUCAUUUAACGAUCUUGAAACAAGAGAAAACUUCUCAUUCACUCCAAAGCCCCAUGCUAUACAAAACGUUUCAUUAUUUAACGAUCUUGAAACAAUAGAAAACUUUUCAUUCACUCCAAAGCCAAAUGUUUCAUCAUUUAACGAUUUUGAAACAAGAGAAAACUUAUCUUUCACUCCAAAGUCCCAUGCUAUACAAAACGUUUCAUCAUUUAACGAUCUUGAAACAAGAGCAAACUUAUCUUUCACUUCAAAGCCCCAUGCUAUACAAAACGUUUCAUCAUUUAACGAUCUUGAAACAAGAGAAAACUUCUCAUUCACUACAAAGCCCCAUGCUAUACAAAAUGUUUCAUCAUUUAAUGAUCUUGAAACAAGAGAAAACUUCUCAUUCACUCCAAAGCCUUAUGCUAUACAAAAUGUUUCAUCAUUUAACAAUCUUGAAACAAGAGAAAACUUAUUUCUCACUUCAAAGCCCCAUGCUUUACAAAAUGUUUCAUCAAUUAACGAUCUUGAAACAAGAGAAAACUUCUCAUUCACUCCAAAGCCCCAUGCUAUACAAAAAGUUUCAUCAUUUAACAAUUUUGAAACAAGAGAAAACUUCUCAUUCACUUCAAAGCCUCAUGUUAUACAAAAUGUUUCAUCAUUUAAUGAUCUUGAAACAACAGAAAACUUCUCAAUCACUCCAAAACCAUAUGUUACACAUGAUGUUUCAUUCUGUAACAUUCUUGAAGCAAGUUGUCUAAUAGAUUUUGAUUUGGAAAACCCAAAUCCAAAAGAGAUGACUGUUACUUCAUCUUAUGAGACAUGUACCCCAGUUUGCCAAUGGGCUUCUGGUGUUGAAAAUCAAAAUCUAUAUGAGAUAACUACUGUUUCAAAAUAUGACAAAAACGAAACAAGUAACCUCAUGGAUUUUAAUUUUGAAAAUCAAAACCCAUUGAAAAUAACUUCUAACUCAUCUUAUCAUAAAGGUGAGCCAACUUACCUUUGUGUUUUAGAUUUUGGAAGUCCAAAUCCUAGUGCGACUUCUUUUGUAUCAGUCCCUGAACAAGGUGAAAGGAGUUGCCUCAAUGGAACACUUUAUUUUGAAAAUCAAAAUCAUUAUGAGAAUGCUGAUAAUUCAAUACAUGGAAAUCAUUGGAGUACAUCUAUGGCUUCUAAUAUUCAUGAAACUACAUUUCAAGAAGUAGCAAGUCAACAGAUGAACACAGAUGUGUCAAUCAUUGAAGGACAUCCGAGUCCCUUGAUUGACACUUAUGUAGGAGAAUAUUCAUUUUUUGAGAUAGACUCUCAACUGCUGAGAGAGAUAUUUGCUCGUGAUGAACAAGAAGACACUGGUUGCUUUGGACUGCAGCAGUCCAUUCACAACAAAGAGAACCCAAAUCACAAGGGCUUUGCCUUUGGUACCUCUACAACUACUCAUUCAUGAGAUAUUCCUAUUCAAGUCCUGCUUGGGAGCUUAACAGAAUUGCAUACUACAAUCAGAGACUCACUAUGGUAUGUGGAUAGCUUGAGAGGGUAGCGUGUGUCCCUCUGCUAGUCUGCUCUGCAUUAGAUGCAUCAGAAAGAAACAAAGACUAUUAGUGAAGGAACCAAACAGCUUUAGCUGUGUUUGGUUCGUUGUAUCGAACUAUCAAUGGUUAAUCUGCUUGAACUAUCAAUGGUUAAUCUGCUUGUUACCAUUGAUCGGUUUAAUGAUAGAUGUGCCGACUGCCAAGUUAGACAUGGUUUAGGCUUUUGCACCUUCAAGCUUUACUCCUUCAUAUUAAAGCCUUUUAACUCAAAAUCUGCAGAUAUAUUCUUACAGAAAUGUUACUGUUAUUAAAAGAGAUGCAACUCUUGUCCUGAAGUUAUGAUUAGACUCAAACUAUCAAUGGUUGAUCUGCAUGUUACCAUUGAUUGGCCUAAUGAUAAAUGCUCCAAUUUGAGACACGGUUUAGGCUCCUGCAUCUUUAAGCUUUAAUCCUUCAUAUUAUAGCCUUUUAACUCAAUAUCUGCAUAUAUGUUUUUACAAAAAUAUUAACUGUUAGUAAAAAGAUGCAACUCUUGUCCCGAAGUUAUGAUUACACUAUUGUCUUCUGUUCUGAAGAUAUUAAAGUCAUGUAUAAAUUCCAUGUUGUAUUUCCUUUCCAACUUUGUGAGGUUUAAUUGUAUCAAUAACUAGCAGCGUGUAUUUUCUGGAUAUGUACCUCUGGAUCCUUGUGUUGUAAUGAACUAAAAUUUCUUGUUAUGUGAUAAAUCAAGUAGCCCCUUUCUUAUA